AAAAACCUUCCGCAGUCUCGCGCAGGGUAGCUGAGGAUCGCUGCCCAAGGCGCUCCGGUCUAGAAGGGUACGCCGGCCUCGUUUACUUGGGCGGCUGUGCGAGGUUUUUUUGGGGUGCGACUGCAAGGAGGAAGGCCCCAGGGACAUCCCGCUGUCCCAGCGCCUCGCCCCGCACUCAGGGAGUCACCGAGAAGACGCGCCAUCGCCCAAGUUGCCUUUCGCUGUCGCAGCCAUGGCCACACGACUCCUCCGUGGGUCUCUGCGCUUGUGGGGCGGCCGCUGUGCUCCGCGCCUACCGACGGCCUCGAGAUGUUCUCAUUCUGGAGGGGAGGAACGUCUAGAAAGUCCUUCUGCUAAAAAAUUAACAGAUGUAGGGAUUAGAAGAAUCUUCUCUGCAGAGCAUGAUAUUUUCCGGGAAAGUGUAAGGAAGUUUUUUCAGGAAGAAGUGAUUCCUCAUCACGCAGAAUGGGAGAAAGCUGGAGAAGUGAGUAGGGAGCUUUGGGAAAAAGCUGGAAAACAAGGACUGCUUGGUAUCAAUAUUGCGGAGCGUCAUGGUGGCAUUGGGGGGGACUUGUACUCGGCAGCUGUUGUUUGGGAGGAGCAAGCAUAUUCGAAUUGUACAGGCCCGGGUUUCAGUCUUCAUUCAGAUAUUGUCAUGCCCUAUAUUGCAAAGUAUGGCUCAGAAGAACAGAUUAAACACUUCAUACCCCAGAUGACUGCAGGGAAAUGUAUUGGUGCCAUAGCAAUGACAGAGCCUGGAGCUGGAAGUGAUUUGCAAGGAGUAAGAACAAAUGCCAAGAAGGAUGGAAGUGACUGGAUUCUCAAUGGAAGCAAGGUAUUCAUCACUAAUGGGUGGCUAAGUGAUGUUGUGAUUGUAGUGGCUGUUACAAAUCGUGAAGCUCGCUCUCCUGCCCAUGGCAUUAGCCUUUUUCUGGUGGAAAAUGGAAUGAAAGGAUUUGUUAAGGGGCGAAAGCUACAUAAAAUAGGACUAAAAGCCCAGGAUACUGCAGAGUUAUUCUUUGAAGAUGUACGGUUGCCAGCGAGUGCCCUACUUGGAGAAGAGAAUAAAGGCUUCUAUUACCUCAUGCAAGAGCUUCCCCAGGAAAGGCUACUGAUUGCUGAGUUGGCAGUUUCAGCCAGUGAAUUCAUGUUUGAAGAAACUAGGAACUACGUUAAACAAAGAAAAGCUUUUGGAAAGACAGUGGCACAUAUACAGACGGUGCAGCAUAAGCUAGCAGAAUUAAAAACACACAUUUGUGUAACCAGAGCUUUUGUGGACAGCUGUCUCCAGCUGCAUGAAACGAAACGUCUGGAGUCUGCCGCUGCUUCCAUGGCGAAAUAUUGGGCAUCUGAGUUACAAAACAGCGUGGCUUAUGACUGUGUGCAGCUGCACGGAGGUUGGGGAUACAUGUGGGAGUACCCCAUUGCCAGAGCUUAUGUGGAUGCCCGAGUUCAGCCAAUCUAUGGUGGUACCAAUGAAAUAAUGAAGGAGCUGAUUGCAAGAGAGAUCGUCCAUGACAAGUAGACAUCUGCCCACAUCCUGGAAUCCUAUUACAACUAAUCUGGGUUUAGAUCUACUUAAGCUAAAAUACAACCUGGAAAGGGAGGGAACACUAAACAUGUUUUUAUAUGCUCUUGCUAUGGAGAAAGAAAUCAAAUGUAGAUAAAAGAU